AUGGCAUCUCCAACCAAUAUACCACCCUUCGACCAAAUCCUCAACUUCCGCGACGUCGCCACCUCAAUCAACACCCUCUCCGCUCAACAUCUCCUAAAACCAGGUCUCCUCUUCCGCAGCGGCCUCCCCGACCAAGCAACCCCCUCCGACCAGCACCGCCUAACCAACUCCCACCUCCUCAAAACCAUCAUAGACCUCCGCACCGACAGCGAACACAUCUCCCAAACCCAAAAGCAGCAAGCCAAAGACAUCCCCUCCUCCCCCAUCAAAGAACCCCACGAUCCCUCCAAACCGCUCCGGAUCCCUGGGGUCCAAUACCACGACAUCUCUCUAAAUGGCCAUGCUUACUCUUCCGCACUCAUGAAGCAGUUGUCGUAUUGGAAUGCAGCGAAGUUGAUUGGGCUGUAUGUCACCGGGUAUCGGAAUCAGGCGAUCAGUAUUCUGGGGAGGAACGUCAUGGCGAAACGGGGCUUGAUUGGACUGGCGGAGGAUUCGUUGACGCAUUCUACUGUGGAGUUUAAGCAGAUUUUUGACGUUUUGGCUGAUGAGGCGAGUUUUCCUGUUCUGGUGCAUUGUACGCAGGGGAAGGAUAGGACGGGGGUUACGGUUCUUUUGGUGUUGUUGCUUCUGGGAGCUCCGCUGGAUGCGGUUGAUCAGGAUUAUAUGCUAAGCGAGAAGGAACUGGCGUCUGAGAGGGAGGAGGGGUUGAAGCAGAUUAAUUCGAUUGGCCUUCCGGAUGAGUUUGGUGGGUGUGCGCCUGGGUGGGUAGAGGCUAUAUCCAAGUGGAUUGAUGAGCGUUAUGGUGGUGUUGAGGCUUAUCUGCAAGGCUGUGGUGUGAGCAAGGAACAGCAACAGAAGGUUAUUGCCGUUUUGAAGAUAUGA